CGUCCCUCCAGUCCCCUUUGCCACUAUGGUUCAAAACACCUUAUUGUCAAAGUACCACAAUAUGUGUCCAAUCCAACAAACGUUCCCAGACCAACUACCUCCCAAUGGGGACUACCAUACUCUUCUGCGUACCCAAAUUUACGACUAUUUCCUUUCAGUCGGAAUGCUCAGCUGUGGGCAAGCUCUUCUCAACUCCGACUGUAAUCUCCGACACGAAGUGAUGGAUUACGCAGGCCAACAAUCCACUGCCGAGCUGCAUGAUGUCAUACCCUCUUUAUUGGACUCGGAUUUUGGGAGCUCACAUUCAUCACGCAGUGAACAACCAUAUCUUGCAGUACCAGAGGAUCGAUCAAGAUCUCAGACGGAGCCUGCUCUUUUGUAUCAAUGGUUUUGUACCUUCUGGGACACUUUUAAUUCCACUCAGAACGGUGCUGCAAUGAUACCAAUGCAAAACUGCUUAAACUUCCUGCCAAACUUGUCUCAAGACCCUUUCGAGUCUCAAUCAAUGAUAUGGCGAGACUCUGUAGAAUUCCAAUCGGUAUAUUUAGACUUGGGAAUCCUCUGAUCCAUUUCGGAACUAACAUUAUCUUAAUUUUGAAGUGUCCCAAUGUUUUUAACACUUUACCUCUCGAAGGAACCACAUCAAAAUCGCAUUCGGCCAACAGGAGACCGAUCACCCCGCACAGCGAUACAGCAACGAUGACAUCUAGCAAAAGAAGCGGGAACAAUGCGGGGUUGCUAUCCUUUCAAAAGGGUCUUGGGAAAUUGAUAAAACAUAAUGAGGCAAUACUAAAAAAUCUGCGGUCGCAUCUAAAAGAAAAAUCUGUGGCUGGUAGUCUAGAGCAGUCUAAAGCUUAAUGUUACAGUUGGGAUAUAUAAAUGAACCCAGAGUAAAUAAAACUGAAGC